AUGGAUUUAUUUCAUUUUCAAACAAUUGAAAAGAAAUUUUUGAAAGAGCCGGCAUUGGUCAAUAUGUUUUCAACAACAUUGAAACAAGAUGAUGACGGAUUGCGAGCUUCGUACAACAUUUCUCUACUGAUUGCCAAUUCCGGUAAACCGCAUACUAUUGGCGAAGAACUUAUUUUACCAGCUAUAAACGAGGUAAUAAACACAGUGCUGGAUAAACCAGCUUUUGACAAUAUUAAAAAAAUUCCUUUGAGCAAUAAUACAGAGCAAAGGAGAAUUGAUGAAAUGGCUCAAUCUGUCAAAGAAUUAUUAUGCGAGUUUUUAGAAGCCACCAAAUUUUCUAUACAGCUUGAUGAAUCAACUUUACCAGGUAACGAAGCCUUAUUAUUAGUUUACGUACGAUUCGUAAAAGAAGAAAAGAUUUGCCAAGAAUUAUUACUUGCUAAAAAUUUGAUGACUGACACACAAGGAGAAUCAAUAUAUCACACAUUGGAAGAGUUUUUUAAAGAAAAAGAAAUUCCUAUGUGUAAUAUCUUAUCAGUUGCGACCGAUGGUGCUCCAGCCAUGGUAAGAUGCCAUCGAGGUUUUAUUGCAUAUUAGAAAAAAACUGUACCAAAUGUACUCGCUGUACAUUGUGUCAUUCAUUUACAACAUUUAGUUAAUACAAAUUUGAGUGAACGCUUACAUAAGUCAUUACAUUAUGUAAUUUCAGCUAUCAAUAAAAUCAAAAAUAAUUCAUUGAAUGAUAGAUUGUUUCGACUACUUUGUACUGAAAAUGAUGAAGAUUCGAAUCAAUUAUUAUUUCAAACAGAAGUUCGUUGGUUGUCGAAGGGUGCCUGUUUAGACAGAUUCUAUAAGUUGUUUGACUCAGUGCUUGAGUUUUUAAAAACUAAAGAUGAUAUUUUACGAAGCAACUUAAUUAACUAUAGAAGUGACAUUGCUUAUCUGACUGACCUGUUUAAAAAAUUUAAUGAAACAAAUUUGCAGCUUCAAGGUGAUGAUUUAAAUUUAAUGAAAACAAAAAAUAUUAUUUCUGCAUUUUUAUUAAAACUUCUUAUGUACAAAAGAAAUUUAGGAUGA